AUGAGAAACGACAGAGAUAUAGCAUGGGAUAUCGAUGAAGCCAUCGAGAUGAGGGGCGGCUCGCGAGCUAAGUCCGUUGCUGAGCGCGACAAUGCGGACCUCAACCGCCUUGGUAAGAAGCAGGUGAUAAAGCGAAACUUCGGUUUCAUGUCAAUGCUUGGCUUCAGUUGUACGGUCAUGAUUACAUGGGAAGGCGAACUAUUGCUGUUCGACGACAACUUUGCUAAUGGUGGCUAUGCUGGCUCGGUUUAUGGCUACAUUAUUGUUUGGAUUGGUACGCUCUGUGUGUUUGCAACCAUGGGCGAAUUGGCAUCUAUGGCUCCAACUAGCGGUGGACAAUACCAUUGGGUCUCGAUGUUGUCGCCGCCAAAAGUGCAAAAACUUCUCAGUUACGUUAUCGGUUGGUUAAUGGUCGUUGGCUGGCAGGCAGCAGCGGCAUCAGAAGGAUAUCUCGUGGGAUCCCUUAUUCAGGGCAUGAUAAUCAUGAACAAUGGAGAGUACUCCCCUCAACCUUACCAAGGCACUCUAUUAUUAUGGGCAUCUAUCUUUUUCGCUGUCUUUAUCAACUCUGUAUUGAGCAGCGCUCUACCCAAGAUCGAAGGCCUACUGCUUAUUCUGCAUGUGCUUGGAUUCUUUGCAAUUCUCAUCCCAUAG